AUGGGAGGCUGUUGCGGUUCUGCUCGACUCUUUUGCAAAGACUUUCGCGCUUUCGUCUUCCAACUCAGAGUGAUUGAUAUAGCUGUAGCUUAUGUUAUCGGUGGAACUUUCAGCACCGUUGUUGAAUCAUUGGUCGAUGAUAUUCUUUUACCACCAUUUGGGUUUCUCUUUGGUGAUACUGCAUUUUCUAAUUUAACAAUUAAAAUGCAUAACUUCGAUUAUCCAAAUAAUCCACCAGUUGUUAUUCGUUAUGGUGAAUUCAUUGAAAGUUUAAUCUACUUAUUGUUCACAUCAUUUGCAUUAUUCUGUAUAGUUAUAUUAGUUAUAAGAUUGCGUAACGGCCACAAAAAGAAGAAUGAUGAGGAUAACGAUCAGAUGCAAGAAUUUCGCGAACAAAUCAAAGUAUUAACUGAAAUAAGAGAUUUACUAGGAACAAAAGUAGAUCCUAAGACAUGA